AUGACCUGCUGGCUGUGCGUCCUGAGCCUGCAGCUCCUGCUCCUGCCCGCGGCCCCGCCCCCCGCCGGCGGCUGCCCGGCCCGCUGCGAGUGCACGGCGCAGACACGCGCGGUGGCCUGUCCCCGGCGCCGGCUGACCGCCGUGCCCGACGGCAUCCCGGCCGAGACGCGCCUGCUGGAGCUCAGCCGCAACCGCAUCCGCUGCCUGAACCCCGGCGACCUGGCCGCCCUGCCGCUGCUGGAGGAGCUGGACCUGAGCGAGAACGUGAUCGCGCACGUGGAGCCGGGCGCCUUCGCCAACCUGCCGCGCCUGCGCGUCCUGCGGCUGCGCGGGAACCUGCUCAAGCUCAUCCCGCCCGGGGUCUUCACACGCCUGGACAACCUCACGCUGCUGGACCUGAGCGAGAACAAGCUGGUCAUCCUGCUGGACUACACCUUCCAGGACCUGCGCAGCCUCCGCCGGCUGGAGGUGGGCGACAACCACCUGGUGUUCAUCUCGCGCCGGGCCUUCGCGGGGCUGCUGGCGCUCGAGGAGCUGACCCUGGAGCGCUGCAACCUGACGGCGCUGUCGGGCGAGUCCCUGGGCCACCUGCGCGGCCUGGGCGCGCUGCGGCUGCGGCACCUGGCCAUCGCCGCCCUGGAGGACCAGAACUUCCGCAGGCUCCCGGGCCUGCUGCACCUCGAGAUCGACAACUGGCCACUGCUGGAGGAGGUGGCCGCGGGCAGCCUGCAGGGCCUCAACCUGACCUCGCUGUCCGUCACACACACCAACAUCACGGCCGUGCCCGCGGCCGCGCUCCGCCACCAGGCCCACCUCACCUGCCUCAACCUGUCGCACAACCCCAUCAGCACGGUGCCGCGCGGCUCCUUCCGAGACCUGGUGCGCCUGCGCGAGCUGCACCUGGCGGGCGCCCUGCUGGCGGUGGUGGAGCCGCAGGCCUUCCUGGGGCUGCGGCAGAUCCGUCUGCUCAACCUCUCCAACAACCUGCUGUCCACGCUGGAGGAGAACACCUUCCACUCGGUCAACACGCUGGAGACGCUGCGCGUGGACGGGAACCCGCUGGCCUGCGACUGCCGCCUGCUGUGGAUCGUGCAGCGCCGCAAGACCCUCAACUUCGACGGGCGGCUGCCGGCCUGCGCCACCCCGGCCGAGGUCCGCGGCGACGCGCUGCGCAACCUGCCCGACUCGGUGCUCUUCGAGUACUUCGUGUGCCGCAAACCCAAGAUCCGCGAGCGGCGGCUGCAGCGCGUCACGGCGGCCGCGGGCGACGACGUGCGCUUCCAGUGCCGCGCCGAGGGCGAGCCGGCGCCCACCGUGGCCUGGGUGACGCCGCGGCACCGCGCGGUGACCGCCUCCAGCGCGGGGCGCACGCGGGUGCUGCCCGGGGGCACGCUGGAGAUCCAGGGCGCGCGCCCGCAGGACAGCGGCACCUACACGUGCGUGGCCAGCAAUGCGGGCGGCAACGACACCUACUUCGCCACGCUGACCGUGCGGCCCGAGCCGGCCGCCAACCGGACCCCGAGCGAGGGCCGCAACGAGACGCAGGCGGCCGUGCGCUUCCCGCUGGACCUCACCACCAUCCUGGUGUCCACCGCCAUGGGCUGCAUCACCUUCCUGGGCGUCGUCCUCUUCUGCUUCCUGCUGCUCUUCGUGUGGAGCCGCGGCCGCGGGCAGCACAAGAACAACUUCUCGGUGGAGUACUCCUUCCGCAAGGUGGACGGGCCCGCCGCCGCCACCGGCCAGGGGGGCGCCCGCAAGUUCACCAUGAAGAUGAUCUGACCCCGCGCCCACCACCGCCGGCCGAUGGGCACCUGUGCGUCUCCCAGAGGCCGCGCCGCUCCCGGCCGAACGUCCCCUUUUUUUGUAGAGACCCAAGCACGGGGCUGUUUUUUCAUCAGGACGCAUCUUUUGCAUAGUUUCUCAAGCAUUUUCUAAAAGUUUCACCGUGUCUUCCUGCCCCUGCUGUGGUCGCUGAGCUGAGUGCGGUGGGAGUAUGGUGCGAGUUCAGAGACCCCAGAGCCCUCACUGUGGGGGGUUCGCACCCCGUGGCUGGGGCGUGGCGCACACACACACACACACACAGCGUGCACCCGGGGACGGAGGUCUGCAUCCAGGACGUGGGGGGCCGCCCAGCCCCCAGGGGAGGCACGCGAAAGCCUGCACUGGUCACACCUCACAUCCAGCACACAGGUGGUCACACCCAGGACACACUCUUGGACACACAGCUCCAAAACAGAACACACACAUCUCCACCCGGCUGACCCUAAACAGGUGCCCCAGGCUGCAGACCUCACCUGAAGCGUGCAGGGCUCUCGUGAGAGCACAACUCACACCUGAGACAUACCCACUCACACUCAGGACACACCCAGCUCACACCUGGGACACACAGACCACAGCUGAAACACACAGCUCACACCCGGGACAUACCCAGCUCACACUCGGGACAUUCAGUUCACACUCGAGACACACACAGCUUAGACCCAGCUGACGCUAAACAUGUGCCCCAAGCUGCAGGGCUCACCGUGGGGACCCAGGGCUCUCGUGAGAGCACAGCUCACACCGGGGACAAACAGCUCAUACCUGGGACAUGCACAGAUCACACCUGAGACACACGGAGCUCAAGCCCAGCUCCUGCUCCACUGGCCAUCUCUAGGGGUAUCUCAGGGGCUGGACUGAGGUCUUCCCAAGGAGGUGAUGCCCCCUGGGGGCCCAGCACACGGCAUGCCAGCCCAUGCCCCGCCCCCAGGCUCCCCCCAGGACCCACUGGCCCAGCAGGGCGGGCUACCCACUAGGAGAAGCCAUCAUCCCCACUUCCCCACCACCCCCAAAAGCUGCCACUCCCUUCCUCUGCCCACGCCACACCGGAGGGGCAGCCGCCCUGGCCCCGGCUCAGAAGCAUGGUUACUGGGGUGUCCCCCCUCCAGCAAGGCAGGUGGAGUGACCUUCAGUCACACCCCCGAGCCAGCCUCAGAUGCGCCCCGGUACAGCCCUGCCGUGCCCAGCCCUGUGACCCACUGUGCAUGUGGAGACAGAGGCCAGGGAGUGUGGGGGGUUUCCCGGGGGUCCUGUUCAGUGCACUAACAGGGCAGCAAGGGAGAACAAGACCGGGGCGGGGUGCAAGCUGCAGGGGGUCUGGACCUGGGCUCUGGGGAGCAGGUGGCAAGAACUAGGGCCGGGCACACAGAAGCUCGGGUUAAGAAAGAACUUCCCUGAGGUCACUGCCCUGUUACCCUUCAGGUAGUGAGUUCCCCCGUCACUAGGGGUAAGCAACCACAGCUGACGUUUUACAGAAAUCCUCAGACACCAGACAGGGUCCAUCCGUGACCCUGCCUCUCCCAGGCUGAUGACUGCCCCCCACCCUCCACUUGGGCCAGAUGACUGACCAUCACUGGAGGAAGGGGCACAGGAAAUAGUGUGGGUGGGAGCCCUUGACUAGUAGGGGGUGGGCCAUCCACCAGGAGGUUAGGACUGUAUUUUUUUUUAAGAUUUUAUUUAUUUAUAUAUGAGAGACCAGAGAAAGAGAGAAGGGGGCAGAGACACAGGCAGAGGGAGAAGCAGGCUCCAUGCAGGGAGCCCGACGUGGGACUCGAUCCCGAGUCUCCAGGAUCACGCCCUGGGCUGAAGGCGGCGCUAAACCACUGCGCCACCCGGGCUGCCCCUAGGACUGUAUUCUUAAGGACCUGUAGGAAGGCAGGAAACCAGGUCUGUUCCCCGCCCAGGUGUGCACUUAGCCGGGGCCGAAGACCCCCCGGACCCCCCUGGCGUCCUCCUCUGUAAAACAGGCCCCAGGUCAAAGGCACUGCUGCACAUACGGGGAGCCCAGGCCCGUGGCGGGCUUGGUGGUGGACUUGGAUCCUGGAUCCUUCAAGGUCUUUGCAAGAUGAGCCAGAGAGGAAGCCGGGUCAGCCCUGGGGGCUCGGAGCACAGGCUUCAGGCCGAAGUUCUCGGGGCUGCGCAGCUGGUCCUGCUCCCACAGCAUGCAGCUGCCGCCCCUGCCUUGGCCCCACUCGUGGCGGGACGUGGCGACGGCCGAACGGGGCGUCCGGCGACCCCAGACUCCACCCGAGUUGGGCAGAACCGAUUGGUUUUCUCCCUUUACAUCCUCCUGACCUUGGUUGCCAUGACAACCCCAAGGGCCCCUCAAAAUGACAUCCAAGUGCCUUUAGCAUCAUCAGCGACGGGAGGAGCGUGUUCUCAGCAGCGUUGGGACCUGCAGAACGGCAGCGUAUUGGGAUCUCCCACCCCCCCGACCACCCCCAUCCCGACAUGAACCAGGACCCCCCCAGGCCCCUCCUGCUGUAUUUGGUUGGAAUCCAAUAAAA